UUAAUUUUCCUUUCAAGCUACAUCUGGUAACGCCAGAGCUGAUUCUGACCUCAACGGUCUUUCAUGUGGAAUGAGUCAACUGGCUGAAAGACAAUGGAUGAGACUUGUGUAAAUGUAAAGCGUCUAGAAGAAAAUGAAGAACAGAGCAUCGAUGAAGAUAAGACAGACCAAGAAAAGGCAGAGGAAAAGCUAAUCAGCUCUAAUAGGCGUUCAUGGAAACCAUGGCAAGAAUCACGGUCACGAAUCAGAGAGUGUGUGCUGUAUGUGAAGAAGGUUCUGGUGUCUUUUGCUAGCAUGGAGUGGUACUGUUAUGCCCUGUUAGGGAUCAUCACCGCUCUAAUGAGCUUCUUCAUGGAUAUGACUGUAGCCAAGCUGCUGAAUGCUCACCAAUGGCUGUACAGAUGUCUGAAGGGUCACCACCUGCUGCAGUUCCUCUGCUGGACGCUUUACCCAGCCUGUCUUUGUGCUCUGUCCACCAGCUUCGCCCACAGCAUCUGUCCAUUCUCUGCAGGCUCUGGUGUUCCUGAGGCGAGGGCUAUUCUCUUAGGGGUGGACAUGCCAGAUUACCUGUCCCUCUCCAAUCUCUUCGCUAAACUGUUUGGCCUGAUAUGCACACUAGCUUCGGGCAGCACAGUGUUUCUCGGCAAAGUGGGUCCAUUUGUCCAUUUAUCUAUCAUGGUGGGUGCGUUCAUGAGUCGCCUGCAUGUUUCCUGCCGUGGUGGAAAACAGAGAGCGGCUAAAGGAGAAAUGCUGGUUGUGGCGUCAGCGGUGGGUGUCGCGAGCUGUUUUGGGGCUCCAAUCAGCGGUGUUCUGUUCAGUAUAGAAGUGAUGGGGACUCAUUAUUCAGUCAGAAAUUAUUGUCCCUGCUUCUUUGCAGCGGCUUGCGGCGCGAUCACUUUCAGACUGCUUUCUGUCUGUAGUUCAGAUCAAGAAACCAUCCAGGCCCUGUUUAAAACCAGCUUUUCUUCUGAUCUUCCCUACCAGCCGUUUGAAAUAUUUAUUUUCGCUCUGCUCGGGCUGUUCUGCAGCAUUCUCAGCUGUAUUUAUUUAUUCUGUCAUCGCUGGGCUCUGCGUUUUGUCAAAACAAACAAACCCAUCAGCAGACUUCUGGCAACAGAAAAGUCACUUUAUUCAGCCAUAGUGGCAUUUCUCCUCGCCUGCUUCACGUUUUAUCACUCGGCGGGACAUUUCAUAGCUGCUGAGCUCACAAUGAAGCAGCUACUUACCUCACUAUUAGAUGGCACUUCCUGGUACAGUGUUUCCCAGAAUGCAUCUGCCCUGCAAGAACCUCAGAGAACAUUCUGGCAGGCAUGGAACCCACCUGGCAAAAGUUACUUCCAAACACUAGGGCUUUUCAUUACUGCGAAGGUUGGGCUGUUGGUCGUGGCUUGUACUUUGCCUUUACCUGCUGGCUAUUUCAUGCCAGUAUUUGUUUAUGGUGCUGCGGUGGGGCGUUUGGUAGGCGAGGUCUCGGCCUAUCUGCUCUCAGAUGGAAUCUCAUCAGCAGAGAGUUUGAUAAACCCGGGUGGUUAUGCGCUAGCAGGAGCAGCUGCCUUCUCAGGUGCUGUGACACACACUCUCUCUCCUGCACUACUGGCUCUGGAAAUGACCGGCCAGUGCUCUCACGCCGUGCCCGCUCUGAUUGCCACGCUGGUAUCCAACGCUGUGGCUCGGGCAAAGCACCGUCCAUCUUUCUACGAUGGCAUAUCCCUUAUUAAGCAGCUCCCACACUUGCCAUCUCUCAUCCGCGCUUGUCCAAAGUUGGCCAAUGUUCAGAUCAAGCAGUUUGUGAUUCCAGCAGGAGUUGUUCUGGAGAGAACAGAGACACUGGCGAGUCUGAAGCACAUCCUAAAUGAAAGCGCAGACAAUGAAUUUCCUGUGGUGGACUCUCACGACUCCCCUAUUCUUCUGGGUACAAUCAACAAAUCACAGCUGCGGGAGCAUCUGCAUCAGCAUAGAAAUGAGGAUUUAUGUAAACAGCUAGAGGAAGUAUGUAAUGUUCAACCUGUGCGGCUUCAUCUGACGCCAGAAAGCACUGUAAAGCAGGCUCAUUGCAUCAUGAGUGCCACGGGUGAGCAGCGUCUGUUUAUAACGGAGAGUGGGCGGCUGUGUGGCGUCAUCACAUGGAAAGAGAUGAAGAAAAUAAUCGAAGAGAUGGCGAAGGAAGUCUGAUGAAUGGACAAUUAACUCAGACGUCAGAAUCACACACCUAGGACAGGCAUCAGUCUGUGCUUGCCAUUUUGAUUAACAUUUGAUCUACUGGUGAUUUAACUUGGAUCAUUAUGUGAAUAAUUAUACAUAGUGGAAUAAUAAAGUCAUCUUUUGAAAUGAAGCAGCAGAGUACAACAAGGGAUGAAUUGUCUCCAAUGUAAAAUAGUUGUUCUAAUCUUUAUAACAAAAAUAGCAAAACCACCACCAGGAAACUUUGCUGAACAUCGGUUUAUUUUAGGAUUCACUAAUCUACCUUAAAAUGUAGUUUUAAAUGUUUUUUAAAAUGGAGAUUUACGGGGCUACUGGAAUUUUUAUUUAACAGUGAUUUUAUCAUUAGUGUUCCACAAGUGAAAUGAUAAUACAGUAUUUGUGACCUAGGACCACAAAACUAGUGAUAAAGGUCAAUUUUUCGAAAUUGAGAGUUAUACAUCAUUUGAAAGCUGAAUAAAGAGGCUUUACAUUGGUGUAUAGUUUGUUAGCAUAGGACAAUACUGUAUUUGGCUGAGAAAUUUGAGUGUGUAAAAAAAUCGAAAUAUUAAGGAAAUCACUUGAAUUGGUCCUGAAGUUGGGAUUCGAACUCAGGACACUCAGCACAUUGCCCCCAAAGGCUAUUGGCACCGACCUCCUGAUGUACUUUUUCCCAUCAACACUUUUAUAUCUUCAUGGAUUUCAAUCAAAACAAACUUCUUUCUGAUAAAAAUAGAAAUCGGAUAAAUGAGCCUGUAUAAUAAGAUAUACAUGUCUAGAGUUUAAAUGAAAAGAGACAUCUGUUUGUAACCUUGUUUGUUUUAUGAAAGAACAGAAUAAGGCUUCAGU